ACUAGGAUGUGGCAAGAAUAAAAGAAACAUUUUUUUAACUAUGCAGAGUGGAACGUUUUUGUUUUGCUUACAGGAAAAGCCUAUAUAAAUGUUCAGAUCUCAGAGUCAGAGCAGUGUCAUCCACAGUCAUGUGUUGCUUCACCGACUGCCUCCUCCUCCUCCUCCUCCUGUCCCUAGACUAUGGUUGCACUAGUUACAAUGGACAGGACAACGAGUACAAGACAAUAAAGGGAACCAUUGGCAAGCCUCUCGAUCUUCCUUAUAACAUCACCAAUCAGACGCAUUGGCUGAAGAAAUUUAUAGACAAAGGCAGGACCAAAAUAUUACAGUAUGAUCCAAAGAACCAACCCGUUUCCGCUGAAAAUCAAUUCACAUUCAAUGCCAAGAAGAUGGAAUUCAAGAUUUUGAAGGUGCGGAGAGAGCACGAGGGACAUUAUAUUAUUAUAGAGGAUGGACCUACAGAAUUUGAUAUUGCCAAAUUUCACAUAAAAGUUUACGAACCGAUUACCAAUGUAUCGAUUAGGCAGACGGAAAACCCUAUGAAUGACAGCUGCCUGAUCACUCUCAACUGUACAACGCUGGGAGGAGAUGAUGUGAUGUACAACUGGACCCGAAACCAGGAAUAUUUACAGCACAACAGCAGCAUUUUAGAAAUCACUCUAACACCCAACAGUGCCAACAUCUCCUAUACCUGCAGAGCAACCAAUCCAGUCAGUCAGGGCUUUGCCUCCAUCAUCCCCCUGGAAUCCAGAUGCAACAUUAACCCAGAGGAGAGACAGGACAUAAUCAUAAUUUCGGUUGGUGCAAUUCUAUUGGUCGUUCUUAUGCUGAUAUUACUUACUGUCAUGUACAUAUAUCGGCCAAAAGAGAAAGGGUCAUUUUCAUUGGAUCCACAAAGGUCAUAUCCAGUGCCAGAGCCGCAUCCAGAACCAGAACCUGCGCAAAGAGAAAUUACCACAAUCUAUUCCACUGUUCAGAAAGGAUCAUUUUCAUUGGAUCCACAAAGGCCACAUCAAGUGCCGGAGCAGCUUCCAGAACCAGAACCUGUGCUAAAAGAAAUUACCUCAAUCUAUUCAACUGUUCAGAAAGCACAGGCUCCAGUGUGUUCACCAACUGCAGAACAAUGUACUAUAUAUGAGCUUGCAGGUCCAGUGGGGAGUCAUACACACCAGACCGCAGUUCCCUGAGAGAACCAGUGGCUUCAACUCAUAAGUGGCUCUUUUAACAACACGCCCUGGACAAGACACAGAACCUUCCUUUUUCCUUCUGACAUCAAAAUCUCUUCCACUGAAGAUUUUGGGCAUCUGAUCCCUUCUGAUCCGGAUUUACCCGAUGACCUAUAAGAACUGGAC